AAUGAACAGGGUUACAUCAUUAGAUUAGAAAAUGGCUACAUUCUUUUCAAGCAAUAAGUAAGGUAAUGAUUUCGUUUCACGUUAGAUUGUCAUCUUCACUUUGGAAUCACUGUCCUUGGAAUUACACACAUAAUCAUUACCAUCUUUGAUAAUUCUUACAUGAAAUUUCUUUGAGGCUUUAAAGAAUUUCGCUGGCCUUUUCGCUUGACCUACUUCCACCCCAUUCUUUUCCACUUGAGCGGAAAACCAGUUUCACCACACCUUGUAAUUUGCGAAGUUGAAGCACGACAACCUUAGCAGUUUCAGGGUGUGUCGCUAUUGAAUCCUUGGAUAAGCCACAUCGUCGUCCAAGUCGCAUUUACCCGUUCAGCUUCAAUUCAUUAUGGGCGCUGUGGAAGCCGUAUUCAUACCAUGCUUGGUCGUCGUCUCCUUCGUUCACCUUUCAUCUGCAGCCAGUCUUAAGAAUUUAGAUAAAAGCGAUGCAACAACGAUUAUUGAAACAUUCAAGCGACAAAUCAAACCAGAUGUCAUUUCGAAACUCCCUUUCUGCCAGCGAUAUGACGGGUCUCGGGGGUUCCGUUGCAGUGACGGUGGUUGUGUACGACUGAGAGAAGUCUGUAAUGGUGAACCUGACUGUACAGAUGAUGCCCAAACAGCAGAUGACGAGGAUGCCAUGUAUUGCUCUGAAAACAACCUUCAAGAGCCAUGCAGCACCUAUCAAUGUUCAGGAGGGCAGUGUAUCCCUUGGGAUUCAACGUGUGACGGUGAUCCAGUAGAUUGUGAAUAUACUGGGGAGGAUGAGACUGAGGCACUUUGUGGAGUUACAUGCCCUGGUGACGUCCGAAGGUUCCACUGUAAUAAUUCGGUUUGCAUCACACGAUCCCUGAUCUGCGACCUCCGUUGUGAUUGUGACGAAUGCGAUGACGAAGUCGGUUGUGCAAAGCAUACUUAUCCAUGUGAUGACAAUAAGCAGUUCAGAUGUGAUGAUGGUACUUGUAUUCUUGAUGAUCAAUUGUGUGAUGGCAAGAAGGAUUGUCCUUCGGGUGAAGAUGAAGAAGGUUGUACAGAUGAUCAUGGAUGCCACAUUCGACAAGAAUUUUACUGCGAGGCAAACUAUCGUUGCCUUCAUCGCGACAGGCGGUGCGAUGGUACGGUAGACUGCCCCAAUGGGGAUGACGAGAAAGCAUGCGGUUUCACCACUUGUUUCAGUGAAGAGUUCAGAUGCGCUAGCGGAAAGUGUAUCGGAAGAGAAAAACGAUGUGACAGGGUGGUCGAUUGUCCAUUGCCCGGAGACGAUGAAAUUGACUGUAAUCGAGAAUGCAAUGAGGAAGAGUUUGAAUGCCUUGAUGGUGAGUGCAUUCCUCUCUACCGGGCCUGUGAUGGAUUUGCAUUCGACUGUAAAUCUUACUACGGAGAGGAUGAAGACGGGUGUGGCCAGAGAAGAUGUCCGCAGCACUGGUAUUCUUGCUUCAAUGGUCGGUGCCUACCUGAGAACUGGAGGUGCGAUGGAGAACCAGAUUGCAGCUUUGGUGAGGACGAGACCAACUGCGAACAAACGAUCGUUUCGUCUUGUGUUCAGGGAGAGUUUAGCUGUGGCGACGGUCACUGCAUCUCUGAAAGACAUAAAUGCAAUGGCUACAAGGACUGCAACAAUGGACUGGAUGAAGAUAGUUGUAACCUAGUUACAUGUCCUGUAGGACAAGUCGACUGUGGUAACAACUAUUGUGUUGUUGGUGGAAGAUGUGAUGGAACGUUUGACUGCAGCAACAGACAAGAUGAAAGUGGUUGCCCACCCACAACAACUACAUGUCCAGUCGGGCAGGUCGACUGUGGCAACAACUAUUGUGUUGUUGGUGGAAGAUGUGAUGGCAGGUUUGACUGCAGCAACAGACAAGAUGAAAGUGGUUGCCCACCCACAACAACUACAUGUCCAGUAGGGCAGGUUGACUGUGGCAACAACUAUUGCGUCUAUGGCACAAGAUGCGAUGGCAAGACCGACUGUAGCAAUGGGAGUGAUGAAGAUGGCUGUAUUCUUCCAUUUAUAGAUCUUGAAGGGACUGUGAGGUCUUUGGUUGAGGCUGUGGAAUCUCUUGAGCAACGAGUAACAAACUUGGAGCAAUUAGACUUACAGAAUACUUUACUUUACCUUCAAGACCAGAUCGACUAUAUCUUUGCUUCACAGCAGUAUUAUGCACAUUCAGAUGAAGAAGAGGAGGAUCUAAUAACUACUCAACCUGCCACAGUGGGCACAGUGGAAGGAGGUAUUCAUGAUACGACGUCAAAGACGAAUUUAGCAACAACAGAAACUGAUCAUAGUACGCCGACACCCACUUCUUCAACUGCAUCAUCGGCAGCCGAUAAUGAUGUUGCGUCGACACCCACUUCGUCAACUGCAUCAUCGGUGGCCAAUAAUUAUGUUGCGUCAAAACCAACUUCAAAUUCUUUACAUUAUGCACAUUCGGAUGAAGAAGAGGAGGAUCUCAUGGCUACUCAACAUGUCGACAUAGUGGAAGGAGGUAUUCAUGAUGCGUCGACACCAACUUCAUCAACUGCAUCAUCUUCAGCCAAUACUGAUGUUGCGUCGACACCCACUUCGUCAACUGCAUCAUCAUCAGCCAAUGAUGAUGUUGCGUCGACACCCACUUCGUCAACUGCAUCUUUAGCCAAUACUGAUGUUGCGUCGACACCCACUUCGUCAACUGCAUCAUCGGCGGCCAAUAAUUAUGUUGCGUCAAAACCAACUUCAAAUUCUUUACAUUAUGCACAUUCGGAUGAAGAAGAGGAGGAUCUCAUGGCUACUCAACCUGUCGGCAUAGUGGAAGGAGGUAUUCAUGAUGCGUCGACACCAACUUCAUCAACUGCAUCAUCUUCAGCCAAUACUGAUGUUGCGUCGACACCCACUUCGUCAACUGCAUCAUCGGCAGCCAAUGAUGAUGUUGCGUCGACACCCACUUCGUCAACUGCAUCAUCGGCGGCCAAUAAUUAUGUUGCGUCAAAACCAACUUCAAAUUCUUUACUUUAUGCACAUUCGGAUGAAGAAGAGGAGAAUCUCAUGGCUACUCAACCUGUCGGCAUAGUGGAAGGAGGUAUUCAUGAUGCGUCGACACCAACUUCGUCAACUGCAUCUUUAGCCAAUACUGAUGUUGCGUCGACACCCACUUCGUCAACUGCAUCUUUAGCCAAUACUGAUGUUGCGUCGACAACCCCUUCAACCACUGCACCAUCGACGGUCAGUGAAUCUACAUAGUUUAAAACGACGAAGUAGGUUUCCCAUAAAACAGCAGAAGAUGAAGCUGAAUCCGGAAAUUCAAGCAAUUAAAUUUUAUAGUAUCCAAUGCACAAGGAUUAUAUUUUCUUGAUCAAUAGUAAGGGCAUUGUUUUCUAGAUUAGAAAAGGUUUCAGCUUCGGAUUGGUCCUUCCAAGUACCAUGUUGCAGCUGGAAUGGUAUGGUACAAAUAUGGAUUUUGAAAUUUCAAAUGAAAAUAUAUUUGGUUGAGUCACAGCAUAUGCAAUAUAAAUUGCACCUCAUCUGCACAAUUUCUCAGCCAAUGGUAAAAAAAAGAUGGCGGUUCCUUUCAUGACUUAUUGAUAAAACCGUUUACUGAAGUGCACAUGUCAUUUGUUAUCAAUGUUCGUUAUUUUGUUUUAAAUAAUUUGACAAAAACGUCAAGCAUGUUGUAAUAUUCAACAAAAUUUUCUUAAAGGAUGUUCACAAUUCAGUAUUAUUCUAACAGAUCUUAUUUGUUCAUUUGUAGUUUUCACCUUGAUAGUGCAUUUUACUUUUUUUAAAGAUUUUUUUGUUAUAUUAUAUUGUCAAAUUCUAAAAAUGUAUCACGUUAAGUGAUUACUUUCUAGAUAUCUUGUAAACCAAUCAUUAAAAUUGGCCUUAGGCGAGGAAUGUUUAAGAUGUGAUUGUGUUUCUUGUUAGCAUUACUGCAUGUUAAUAAAUUAUUAAUCCAUAUUAGAACGGAGCGAAUAUAUUCUCAAUACUAGGAAAACAAAAUAAAAGUAACAACUCGAGGAGAAAUAAAAAAAUGUCAGGGGAAAAUUGUACAAACUACUCGUUUCAUAUUUAUGGUAAACACGGUGAAAGUAAUUGUUCUGAAAAGCCGAAAUUACUUAAUGAAAAAAGAAGCCUCAUGCAAACAGGAAUUCCUCUAUCAUGAACAAAGUCCCAUAUUAUAGUUAUUAUGAUUAUAGUAAGCAUUGGUAUACUAGUAUAUGAUGUACGAUUUGUUUAAAUGAAACUAGAAUGCUAUGAAUAUUGAACCAUUAUCUCUUCCAUUUUAAGGGAUGUGCACCGUAAUAUUGAUCUGGAUUAAUAGUUAAGGAGAUCAAACAGACGGAUAGUAUUUAACGGUGUUACAAAGAAGGCAAAGUGCAAAGCAAAUGUCACGAAAUAACAAUGAAAAUGUUGCUAAUGUAAUUACACUGCUAUUGUGGAACUGCUAUAGUACGCCUACAAGAGAAAGACAAGAGAGAAGGGAGGGAGAGCGGAGGAGGGAGGAAGGGAGAAAUAGAGGGAGAGAUUGGGAGGUAAAGAGGCAGAAAGAGGGAGGGAAACAAAGAAAGAGUGAAAGAUAAAUGAAAGAGGGGAGGGAGGAGAAAACGAUGAAGAGCGGAUACAAAAAAGACGGUAGAGAAAUAUUAUUAGGAAAAGAAAGUUUUUCCUAUUUUUCCCCUUGUUUUGGAAACUGCCACAACUCCAAAAGGAGAAUUUAUACAAAGCAUGUAUAGGGGUGAAUCCAAGAUAUUGAAGGGAAACAGGAAAAAAUGCGACCAAAAUUAUUUGUUUCAAGAGAAAACAAUAUCACAAGCAAGCAAAAAGGUCGUAUUUCUUUUGGAAGUUUGCGCUCUUUCCCUCGAUCAGGCAAUGACCUAUUUCAAGAGUUAUUUAUUUUCAUGUAAACGGAUUACAAUCAUAGAGCAUUUGGUCUAAUUGAUUU